CGCGCAAAACGCACAAUCUUACAACUCGAUAAUCAUAAACAUAAUAUACAAUCCAAGAAAGAUUUGUUAUUAAAUUGUUUUCUAUUAAUAAUUUUUAAAGACCUGAAAGCGUCCUUAUAAAUUAUUAGCAAUUGUAUACAGCAAAACGUAAUUUCAUCACAUCACAAUUUUUCUGCGUAAAACUUUCCAUUUCAUUUUUUCUUCGACUCCAUUUAAAAUUAACGUACGAAUCUUUCCCCCAGUGAAAGCAACAGUUUCGUGAGAGCUAUUUGUAUAUUUUUUAUUUACGGCGAAAUAGAAUAUUUAAGCGGCUAUAAGUCUAGUAUUUCAGUUAUUAGUAGACGUCGUCGAGGACUAUGUUGUGUCACAUAUUAUUUGUAACCGUAUUAUUUGUACAAAUACGAAUAUAAACGGCAUCUGUUCUCCAAGAAACACGAAAGCCGAAGAUAUAAAUAAUAAAUUAGAAAAAAAUCCCGUUGGCCGGUUGCACCACAAAGGGGUUGCUUUAAGUAUUGCAGGUACUUGUACCUGUAACAAAUCGAAUAUCGAACGAUGCGGAGAAUGAAGUCAAACGUGAAGUGGAAUACGGAUACUACAAAUAUUUUGAAAUUUCACAAAAAUUUCCUCGGCAUAAUUGGACUCUGGGUAUUGAAUGACAAAAAUAUUUUUUCGAGGAUUCGAUGGUUCUUAUCGACAAUGGUGGAAAUGAGUACUUCAAUCACCAUGUCGAUAGAAAUGAUUCGACACUGUAAUGGUCACGAGGAUGCCAUGGAUGCCUUCCUAUUAAGCUCAUCGUCAUUAAUUAGCAUGGUAAAACUGCUCUUGCAUCGCGUAUAUUGGAGACAAAAAUUGAUUUUGGUGGAAUCGGUCAUUCACGAUUGGACUUACGUGAAAAAUUCUCACUCUCGCGAUAUCAUGCUAAAGUACGCGCGUAUAGGUAGGCUGGGAUCCUCGAUAUUCUUCUAUUUCGGUUGUGCCUCGGUCGUAUCCUUCGUCUCCAGUGUCGUGCUCGCCAACGUCGACUUGCCCUGGACAUCUGGAAAGCAGACUUUUAAUGAAACAUAUGAAAGAAAAUUGAUGUUGGCGGCCUAUUGCAUCUUUGGAAAGGAUACAUCUCUUUUCGCUUACUGUGCCAUUGAAGCUUUACAGUUUGUACAGAUCGUCGUUAACGGCAUUUCGCAGUGCGGAAACGACGGGUUCUUCUUCGAUCUCACGAUGCACAUGUGUGGCCAAUUUGCAAUUCUCCGAAUGAACUUCACUAAAUUGGGUUGCGAAGAUUUUUCUUACCGCAGCAAACUCAACAUCCUAUUGAAGAGACACUAUCAGCUCAUAUGUUUAUCGCAUUAUUUAGAGAGAGCAUUCACCAUGAUCAUCUUGGCACAAGUUUUAAUGAGUAUGAUUGUCAUAUGCGUCGAAGGUUUUCUUUUACUUCUCUCGCUUGAAAUGAACGAUGCUUUAACCGCUGCAAAACAUAGCGUCUUCAUUCUUUCACUGUGUAUGCAACUUUUUCUUUAUUGCUUUGCUGGACAAACUUUGGAAUUUCAAUCGAAAGAAUUGGCUUGUGCAAUUUAUGAAUCACCAUGGUACACUUUUGACGUAAGCAUGAUGAAGACUUUACCACUGAUCAUUCUUCGAACAGCUCAUCCUCAGCAGUUAACUGCAGGGAAAUUUGUAGCAAUAAAUUUCAUGACUUUUAAGGAAAUUUUAAAAGCUUCCGCUUCAUAUUUAUCUGUACUAAGGGUAAUGAUUAAAACAUGAGUAGAAACUUUUAGAGGAAAAGUAGUUCUUUUAAAUUAUUCUAACUCUAGAUAAUAUUUCUUAAAUAAAUGUAACCAAUUGACAAACAUUUAUUUGUAAAUGAUAACAAAUGAAAAUGUGUAAUUUGAUAGAACAAUAAAAUUAUAUUAA